AUGAAGAAGAAGAAGAAGAAGAAGAAAAAGAAGGCAACACUAGUGUUUCUUUCGGAGACGAAGGCAACACUACCUUUGAUGGAAAAGCUCAGAAGACGAUGGGAUCUUAAUGGUUUUGGAGUAGAUAAGAUUGGAAGGUCAGGCGGUAUGAUUUUGUUUUGGAGAAAGGAUGUGGAAGUCGAUCUCAUUAGUUACUCGAACAACCAUAUUGACGCAGAGGUUCUCGAUAUAAACCACAAUAGCAAAUGGCGAGUGACCGGUUUUUAUGGUUUCCCCGACAGAACUAGAAGACAUGCAUCAUGGUCUCUCCUGCGUAGUCUCCGUGACCAGAGAAGCAUGCCGUGGGUGGUCGGCGGUGAUUUUAACGAAAUCUUGUGUAAUAGUGAAAAAGAAGGGGGUCUUCCGAAACUUCCAGCGCACAUUGAAGCUUUCCGAGAAACCCUUGAUGUGUGCGAUCUAUCCGAUUUGGGAUUUGAGGGAACCCAAUUUACAUGGUCAAACAACCAGGCCUUCCCUCGCACGGUGAGAGAACGGCUCGACCGAGUGUGUGCUAACAAUGAAUGGACCAUGAGGUACCCAAGAGCGAAGGUCAAGCACUUGGAGUAUCCCGGAUCGGACCACUCCCCGAUUCAGUUACUCCUUGAUCCACCUGAGCCACGCUAUGACCAUCAAAAGAAACGACCUUUUCGGUUUGAGGCUGUUUGGCUUAGACGAGACGAGUGUGAAAGCAUUGUUCAUCAUCAAUACUCAGACAUAGUGAUGGCUGAUCCGGUUGAAGCUGUCGUCCGGAAAAAUGAGGGGUGCCGACUAGCUCUCAUCCGCUGGAAAAAAACUUUUGUCUUGGAGCCUCGGCGACGCAUCGAAAAAUUGCGUAAACGCCUCCACUUUCUUAUGGGUGCUUUGCAAACUUUGGACACAAAGAGGGAGAUCAAUCAGCUGAAAUUGGAAAUGGAAAAGGCUUACGAGGAAAAUGACAUGUAUUGGAGACAACGAAGCAAAAUUCAGUGGAUUCAAGAGGGGGACCGAAACACGAAAUUUUUUCAUGCAAAGGCGACCAUCCGGAACCGCAUGAACAGAGUUGACAAACUGAAAGAUGACGGAGGCAUUUGGAGGAAUUCACAAAGGGAUAUCGAAAAGAUUAUUUCGGAAUAUUUUGAACAGUUAUUCUCGUCGACCGGCCCGAGUGAGCAAGAGAUAGAUGAAGUGUUGGUUAACGUGCGAAAUUGGAUCUCGGGAGAGGCUGCUCAACUCUUGUCUAUGCCCUUCACUGCGGAUGAGGUAACCCGAGCCAUUUCUCAAAUGGCUCCCCUAAAAUCCCCUGGCCCCGAUGGAUUACCUGUCAUCUUUUACACAAAAUAUUGGCAUAUCUUGGGCUCAGAUGUGGUAACUUGUGUUCUGGAUUUUCUCAAUCACCAUAAUCUCCCCCCAACUUUAAAUUACACAUUUAUUGUCCUUAUUCCAAAAGUUAAAAAACCUGAAAAAAUUACGGAUUAUAGACCGAUUAGCCUAUGCAAUGUUAUUUACAAAUUUGGGGCCAAAGUGGUGGCGAACCGUCUAAAACUUGUCCUUAAUGAUCUAAUAUCUCCUACCCAAUCUGCCUUUGUUCCCAAACGCCUUAUCUCAGACAACAUCCUUGUGGCUUAUGAGAUAAAUCACUUUAUAAAACUCAGCUCUAGUAAGAGAACCAAUUAUAUGGCUCUUAAGUUAGACAUUAGUAAGGCAUACGAUCGCAUUGAAUGGUGUUUUCUGAAAAAUAUUUUAUUACGGUUUGGUUUACCAACUGGUUUUGUGGAUCUAAUCAUGCUAUGUGUCUCAUCGGUCUCCUUUUCAUUUCUCUUUAAUGGUUCACAGUUUGGCUUUGUACACCCGUCACGUGGACUCCGGCAAGGAGACCCCCUGUCUCCAUAUCUGUUUAUAUGUUGUACGGAAGCGCUAAUUGCUAUGAUUUCUCGGGCUACGGAUCGUGGUGACUUUCAGGGGGUCCGGGUUGCGCCGACCGCCCCCAUGAUUUCAAGUUUAUGCUUUGCGGACGACACCCUCAUCUUUGGAAAGGCCACGGUAGAACAUGCAUCAGUUUUAAAGGAAAUUCUUUCGAAAUACGCGAGGAUCUCGGGGCAAGAGAUCAACAACAACAAAUCCACCAUGUGUUUCAGCCGCGCAACUCCUUCGGAGACAAUCGACUCCAUCCACUGUAUUCUUGGCUUUCGUGUAGUGGAGAGGCACGAUAAAUACUUGGGCAUGCCGGCGUCUAUUGGGCGGACAAAAAAGGAAAUUUUUUCUUACCUCUGCGAUCGAGUCUGGGAAAAAAUUAAGGGGUGGGGUGAGAAACACCUGUCCAGAGCCGGCAAGGAAGUCCUCAUCAAGUCUGUCCUCCAAGCUAUUCCCGCAUAUAUCAUGAGCUGCUUCUUGAUUCCGACUGGCCUUGUUCUGGAAAUUGAGAAGGCGAUCCGGCGAUUCUGGUGGGGCAAUGGGUCGACAAAAGGAAUAGCAUGGGUAGCAUGGAAGGAGUUAUGUAAAGGAAAGGCACAAGGUGGACUUGGAUUUCGGGAUUUGCGAGCUUUUAACAUGGCUUUGCUUGUCAAACAAGCAUGGCGUAUCCUUGCUCAUCCGGACUUACUCAUGUCUCGUAUCAUGUCGGCCCGAUACUUCCCAAACGGGAACCUCCUUUUGGCUGGGAUUGGCUCCAAUCCAUCGACAACCUGGAGGUGUAUUCAAAAAGCAAUCCCAUAUUUAAAGAUGGGCAUCAGACGACGUAUUGGCAAUGGCCAUAACACUUCCAUUUGGGCCGACCCGUGGCUGCGUGAUGAUGGGAAUUUUAAGGUUCUCACAAGGCGGUCUAUCUCCUCGCCCUUCCCGGAUCGAGUUUCGGAUCUACUUGAACCUGGAUCAAACUCUUGGAAUCUAGAUCUUGUUCACUACACCUUUUGGCCGGUGGACGUGGUGAGGGUUCUCGGGGUUGCGGUGGGGGGUCCCCACACGACCGACAUUUGGUGUUGGCACUACUCUAACCAAGGAAGAUAUACGGUAAAGUCUGGCUAUCAUAUGAUUCUAAAUUCUCCACUAUUUUUGAAAAAUCACAGCGGGAUCGAACAUGGAUCGGGAAGCGGAGGUUCUAAUCGUAAUUGGAAUCUUGUUUGGAAGUUGCCGCUGCCACAAAAAAUAAAGCUGUUUCUAUGGCGUUUUUGUGGUAACAAUCUCCCUACGAAUUCGGAACUCUUUCGUCGAAAGGUGAUAAGGUCUCCAUUAUGCUCGCGAUGUAAUGCAGAGGAAGAAACGAUCCUGCACGUCGUGACAACUUGCAAGGGCAUGGACACGGUCUGGACGACUCCACCUUUUGGCCUCGGAUAUCGAUCGAGUUUCACAUCUCCAUGGGAAUUGCUGCUACACUGGAAAGAGACAUGGGACGAAGAGAGUUUUCUUUUGGCGUCAAUCAUCGCCUGGAAAGUGUGGGAUUGCCGGAAUAAAGAGAUGAAGAACGAAGAGGUGAUGAAAACGGAAGACUUGGUCAGCUGGUGCAAGAGCUAUUUGGAGAACUUUAGAAGCGCCCAACUCCGACCGAACCCCAACCUAGGCCAAGCUCACCCAACGGAAUGGCAACCACCGGAAUUAGGAGAGAUUAAAAUUAAUUUUGAUGUUGCUGUUCGUCAGGGAACAUCUUCUUUCGCGGUAGCUUGUGUUGCAAGAAAUCAUGAAGGAAGGUGCCUCGCUUGGAAAGUGAAGAGGUGCAACGGCAAACUACAACCAGUUGAAGGCGAAGCCUUGGCGGCUCUCCAGGCUGUCUUGCUAGCCAAAGCAAACGGAUGGGCUGACAUUAGCUUGGAAGGAGACUGCCUCCCUGUGAUUAAAGCUCUUUGUGCAGGGAGUGGAGAGACUCUCCAUUACGGAGCCAUUAUUGAAGAAUGCCUUUUUCUUUCUCAAAACUUUUCCAGUUGUAAGUUCUCUUUUGUUAAACGGGAGGGCAAUCAUUUAGCCCAUAAUCUUGCUCAUUUGCCUUGCACUGAUACUUUGGAAGGCUUUGAGCUUCCUGUUACUAUGGCUUCAUCAGCCCAAUAA